UUAACAUGAACAAGGGCUCACAUGUAUCAUUUAUACGCUGACUCUUAUAGUGCGAAUUCUAUGCAAUUGAAGUUUCUGGAUAGGAAGAUAAACUGGAGUAUAAAUGUCACUGUGAUUUUCAUAGAGUUUGGAUCAUGUCUUAAUGCUUUUUUGAUAAAGAAAGAAAGUUGAUUACUUAUUGAUUGAUUUCUGGGCAGUAAUGGCUUGUUGUACUUUAAUGUAUAAUUUUGAUAGAGUUGGAUAUCAUAUUUGUAAUCUUGAUGUUCUAUUGAAUUUUUGAAAGAAAGUUUUGUUCAAUAGCAAGAUAAGCUUGGGUAACAAAUAAAUAUACGUACAUUAAUUGUCCCACUUUUAAACCAUUCUAGCAAGUUUCUGUUCUCAACAAAGUUGCGUUACUUCAUUUUCUUAUGAUACUUGCUGUUCAGGACGGAAUGGUAAAUGUUAAGACUAGUAUCUAUUAUGGAAGACAAGAAUAUGAUGUCCUGAACAGGGUAUAAAUUAGCUCUCCUACAUUGGUCGUUCUGCUUGUUCCUUUAAUCUUGCAAAAACAGGGUUAAAGAUUUGAAUGGAAGCAACAGAGUUUCAUAUUCCUUGUUAUGAGUGUUCUUCUCCUUUAAUGACUUGGUUGAUACUAUCGGUGUUCUUUUCUGUGGAAUUGCAGAUUGAAGGUGUUUAGGACCAAACACAUCCACCAAAACAAUGUCCUCUCAAUCUCUGCAACUUGGACGAGGAAAAAUGAUAAGGAAGCCUGCUACUGCAACAAGAAGAGCAUCCAAAUCAGCUUCUCAGCUACCAUCACAACCAGCACUGACAGCAACUUCUUAUGCAACAACCACAACAACUGAACUGCCAUUUGAAGAGCCACAAGCUGAUCAACAUCCUACAGCUCACAACUCAGAGAAUUCCUCUACCCCUGCUGAAUUGAAAAAAACACGUGGCAAAACAACUGGGAAAGGUAUGAUUGAGAUGAUUGCUAGCAAUGGCAACAAGAAGGUGGAGAUAAUAUUUGACCAGGAGCAUUGGGUCCCAAAUACUGAGUACAGCAAUAAGAAGUUCACCACCGCUAUAGGGAUUGAGGUUCGAAGUCGAGCUCCGGUAUGUUACCGCGGAUGGAAUAAGAUUUCAGGAGAUAUUAAGAGGACACUACGAGAGGGAUUGACGGUACACUUUGACGUGGAAAUAGAACAUCCAAAAAUUAUCUAUUUUGUGGAUGAUAAGAUGCGCUCGGCGUAUACUCAAUUCAAGUGGAAGUUGCACGAUCACUACCAAAAAUGUGGCACAUCUGUUCGAGGACGAGCCACACUUCCUCCACCUGAUCUAUGGGGUGAGAGAUCGACAGAGGAGUGGCAUUGGCUAUGUGAUGAACUCUACACCGAUCCAAAAUAUAUUGAUAAAUGCAAGAAGAAUUCAACUAGCCGAAAGAGACAAAGGAGUACGCAUCGUGGCGGAGCUAUGCCUUUCAUUCAACAUGCUUUGAGGACAGCCAAGGAGGGCAAUCCUUUGUCUUUCAUAGACAAUUGGGCAGCUAUGUAUCAAGAUUCAAAUAGCAAUUGGGUUAGUGAUGUUGCACGUGAUAAAUAUGAUCGACUGAAAAAUAAGAGAGAAGAGCAUAAGGAGAAACUAACCCUAGAGGCACCAGAGGGUACUCCACCAGAAUCUGUACAAGUUACUGCGCGUGAUGAGAUUCCAAUCAUGGCUGAAGAGUGUGGAAGGAAGGGAAAAAGAGUUCGUGGUUUAGGCUCGUUUCCUCGCAUGGAGCUUCCAACUGUUACAUCUUCAACAGCUGUGAGUUCUGAGAUGAACGUAAUGCAAGAUAAAGUUAAGAAGCUUGAAUCAACUGUGGACACUAUGCGGUCACAAAAUGCACAACUAAUGACAAUGUUGAAGAAGUUCCUGAUGAAUAGCCGAGGCUGUUUUGCUGAUACAGAAAACAUUGACAUGAAUAUCGUAGUACCCAACAGUGAAGAAGAUGAUGUCUUUGGAAGAGAUGAAGACGGUGUCCAAAACAAUGGAGAUAAUUCUGAAACAGAGGAUUUGGAGGAAGAUUUGUGAUUUAUUUUUUGGAUUAGGAUUUAGCUAGUCUAGCUUGGCAAACAAUUUUUCUUUUUAUUAGCUAUUAUUAUUUUGUGGGUAGA